GACUGUUGCCGAAACUGUAAUGUAGACUUUGUUUAGCACACACACACACACACUCACUCAUAGCUGAUGUCUUUCUCUUCUUCACAGUAGUAUUACUUCACUUCUUUCACGGAUCUGCUCUGUGUUUUCAGCACAUUACAGGUGAACAUGGCGGUGCUGCACAUUAUUUAUGGUAAGAGGAAAUAUUACUACAAGUUUCACUGCUGUUCUCACCACAGUGUUGUAGGACCCCUCUCACAAACUGCCGGGAGACGUUAUAUUCAUUAACCCGGGGACAAAAGAGCUUCAUCUGCGUGAAGAAACUGAGGAAACGUUCAAGUUCGUUCCCACACGUGUAAAUAACUAAUAACUUUUUACUGUAGUGAAAUGUUCGAAUUUAGAGCUACAGAGUCAGAGGACAGAACUCUUCUUCACAAAAAAAUGAUGUUUAUUUAUUUAUCAAUUUAACCCUCAUCCUACCAACGUAUUUCACAUCCAGGGACAUACAGGAGCUGGGGUCCCCAAGAAUAAACUACUUUUACUAAACAUCAUAGCAAAAUGUUCACUUAAUUCUUCUGAAAACAUUAUUAGUUAUGUACUUAAUUUUGUCUGGAAAAAACAAACAUAUUAAUUAUUUCAGGAAAGUUACAGUUAAUUUGCGUAUUGUGUGAAAUGAAAAUAAAUUCUUUUCUUUAAUACAAAUUGCAGCUUUUAUACCAAGUACAGUCCACAUUAGCACUUAAAAGCUUAUUUACUGUCCUUUUGGGUGGUAAAUAAUAACUGUAUCAUUCAGUUUUCAGAAAUUUCCAGUAAACAUUAUUUGUGUUAUAUUUAUAUGGUGAAAGCAACGGGUCAUUUUGAGCCCAAUAUAAAAUAAUUGAAAUAAACCCACCGUCACGAUUUGCCCUCGCGCCAGCGCUGUAGCGCGAGCUUGAGUUUUUCAGUGACGUUGACUUUGAUGACUUUUGUCGUGUUUUGUUAUGUUUUAUGUCCUGUCUCCUCCUAACUCUGUAUUGUCAUUGGGUGUUCACCGUAUGUGUCAUCAUUAGUCCCGGGUGUUUUGUGUUUUCUGAUGAAGUUUGUCAGUUAAACCCCAGGUGUCUCUUUGUACUUCCUGAAGUAUUACGUGAGUUUUCAGAAUACCAAGCAUUUGUUCCUCAUUUCAUGUCAUCCAUCAUCAAAACAAGUUUAGAUCUUGUUCUCACCCUCAUUCUUCACCCCUUGUUUUACCUGUUUAUGACCACAUCUGUAUUUUACAAUUUGGAUUUGUCUGCCUGUCUCUCGUAGAAUACUGCUCUUAUUUGCAUUUGCACCCGUAGUCAUUCAAGCUUCAACAAUUUUUUUAUUUUAUUUGACUUUCAAGACAGAAGUAGGUCGAGAUCUUGGUCUCAGUAUGAUUCGCUGUCAGUAUAACGGUUGAAUAAAUGCAAUUCAAAUUUAGCUUUUUAAAUUUGUACAUAAUGUAAAAUGAAUGGUGUUUACAUUAAACUAUGAACAGCACACGCUCCAGGCAGUUAUAGCGUAUGAUUUGGCUCAUGCUAUGCUCAGGGCAUUCUGGCACGUGACCGGAGGAGCAAACAUUUCCUACCUUCGUAUCUGUGAUUUUUCCCACACUCACACCAAGGCCUGAACAUCUCUGAGUGCACGUCGAUCAUAUGCAUGACACGCUAUUUUACAGUCUUAUCUUGUACAAUAGAACAUUAACAUUUAAUUUGUUAGGCAGAAAACAUUUUAUUAUGAAAUUCUGUAUUGUGUUUCAGACUUUGAACAUCAUCUUACCUUAGGAAGAGCAGUAUCUAGGGUCGUCGAUAGAGCACAUGUGGAACUCUGUGUCAGCCAUAACAUUAAAACCACUGACAGGUGGUUAACAUUGAGUGACAUUGAUUUUCUCGUUAUAAUGGCUCCUGUUAAAGGCGGGGGGAGGGGGGGGGUAUAUUUAUUAGGCAGGAAGUGAACAGACAGUUCUCGAAGUUGACGUGUUGGGCGCUGGAAAAAUGGGCAAGCGUAAGGAUCUGAGCGACUUUGGUUGAUUAUGAUGUCUAGACGUCUGGGUCAGAGCAUUUCCAAAACAGCAGGUCUUGUGGGGUGUUCCCAGUACGCAGUGGUUAGUACCUACCAAAAGUGCUCUAAGGAAGGAGAACCGGUGACCCGGCGACAGGUUCAUGGGCUCCCAAGACUCACUGAUCCACGUGGGGAGUGAAGACUAGUCCGUCAGGUCCGAUCCCACAGAAGAGCUAUGAUAGAAAGGUGUUCCGUAACUUGUACACACAAAACUGUGAAACACAAUCUGCUGAGCAGAACCCAGUAAUGCUGACGUUCUCUCCAGGGGAACGUCACCUAGUGCGCUUUAUCUGUCAGCAGAGCAAGACUGUCCAUGUGUGUAAUCACACACAGAUACCGGCUAGGUUUAAAUCACUUGCUAAUAAGUGAUUUCAUGAUUGCAGUACGAUUUAUCUUGUGUAAGUCUAUUUAAUGUAAUCAUUUUUCAAUACAGAAUCUAAAUUUAAAAAAAGUUCAUUUCACAUCUACACGUUUUAACCGGUGAAAUCAGACAGCAUCUCAUAGUUUAUACAGUUUCUGUGCUGUAUUUUGCUCUUCAGUAGUUAAGUGAGUUGAGUUUAUUAGCACAGAAUUAUCAAAUACACAAAAUGAGGACGUUUUAGGAAAUUCCGUUAGAGGAAAUUUACAUUAGAUUCCACUGAGAAAGAUCAAAGACGUUCAAAUCAAAUACACUGGAAAAACACCACCACCACAUUCACAAGAUCAUCAUCAUCAUGUCCCAGUAGACUCCACUGCAGUCCCCUGAUGAUAUGACUUUCCACUGUCUUCAUCAACCUGGAUAAAGCUACAGUCGCAUGCAAAAGUUUGUGCACCCCUGGCCAAUUUACACAUUUUGUUGCUUUAUGAAGUGUAAAGACGUAAACACAACCUCUGCAGCAAAAGAAUAAAUCUGCAGAUAUUAAUGCACAGUUACUUUACAUUUUAGAAAUGUAGAAAAUAGAUAAAUUAUAAUAGUAUUUGUGGCAUGUGCAAAAGUUUGUACACACUGCUCAGUCAGUACUUAGUGACACUCCCUUUGGCAGAUAUCCUGCUGAAAGAGGACACUGAUAUUAGGGAAUACUAAAUUAGCAUUAGAAUUAGCAUCACACUGCCACUACCGGCUCGCCUUCUUCCCAUAGUGCGUCCUGGUGCCGUCUCUUCCCCAGGCAAGCGACAUAGACGCACCCGGCCUCCACAUGAUGUAAAAGCAAACCUCAUUCAUCAGACCAGGCCACCUUCUUCCAUCGCUCCAUGGUCCAGUUCUGAUGCCCAUUGUAGGAGAUUUCGGAGGUGUACAGGGGGUCAGCAUGGACACUCUGACCGCUCUGCAGCUACACAGCUCCAUACACAGCAAGCAGUGACGCUCUGUGUGUCCUGACUCCCUUCUAUCAGAUUCAGCAUGAACUUCUUCAGCAGUUUGUGCUGCAGUAGGUCUUCUGUGCAAUCGGGAUCGGACCAGACGGGUUAACCUUCUCUCCCCACGUGCAUCAGUGAUCCUUGGGAGCCCAUGACCCUGUCUCCGGUUCACCGAUUCUCCUUCCUUGGACCACUUUUGCAGGAUGCAGGAGAAGGAGUUGGAAUCUGGAGACGGCUAUUCUGCUCAUCGCAGUCAUUCUGUGUUUGUUAGUAAUACUGCAAAUGGACCUACAGAACAAGAAAUCACAAAACUUGCAAAUCAAAACAACCGACAAACAAAAUUUCAAAUCUGAAGCUCAGAUUACAUCACCAGAUCUGUUUCUGAAUCCAGCCCACAAAUGUGAGCGAAACUCAUCUGCGUCCAAAAUCACCGGGUUUUCCACUUUGCCCAAGCACAUCCAAGAUUUCCUGUUUUACAGUCACUGUCGGCAUUUCCCCAUGCUCCUCAAUGUUCCUGGUAAGUGUGGCGGUCCAGAGAACUCUGCUGAUGUUUUCCUGCUUCUGGCCAUCAAAAGUUCUCCGUCCAACUAUGAGCGGCGGGAGGUUCUGCGAAAAACGUGGGCGUCUGAGAGACUUCAGAGUAACAUGUGGAUCCGCACCGUGUUCAUAUCCGGAACAGCACAAGGCGGUUUCGAGAAGGGAAGACUGAAUAAACUCCUGGAGCUGGAGAACCAACAGAACCAGGACAUUCUUCAAUGGGACUUUGAAGAUUCCUUUUUCAACCUCACACUGAAGCAGAUCUUAUUCCUGGAGUGGAUGGAGAGGUUUUGCCCUGAUGCGCACUUUCUCCUCAAUGGAGAUGAUGACAUUUUCGCCAACACAGACAACAUGGUGCAUUAUCUCAAAGGGUUACAUGGUAAUGAUGGAAGCAAACACCUGUUUGUCGGCCACUUGAUCCAACAUGUGGGGCCGAUCCGGGUACCGGCCAGUAAGUACUACAUCCCGGUCCAAGUCCAAAAAUCAGACAGGUAUCCUCCCUACUGCGGUGGAGGCGGCUUCCUGUUGUCACGUUUCACUUCCAGAGUCAUCUACAACAUGUCUCAUUCCAUCCCCCUGCUCCCCAUCGAUGAUGUUUACAUGGGAAUGUGCCUGGAAAAGGCUGGACUUAAACCCGUGUCUCAUAUGGGAGUGAGGACAGCAGGCCUGCACCUCCCCUCAAAAAAUCUGGACUCGUACAAUCCAUGCUACUACCGCGAGGUUCUCCUGGUCCACAGGUUCCUCCCACACCAGAUUUUUAUUAUGUGGCAUGAAAUCCAUCGGAAAGAUUUGGGUUGUGGAAAGCUGAGAAUUUAGUGCACAGAGUGAGAUUUUAUGUGUCCUAACAUGUUCUGAGAUCUGUGAGGGACUAUGAAAGGGAGGGCGUAGACAUCUUUCUGUUUUGGUUUAUCUUUAGAAAUCAAUUACACAUUGGUGGUGGAUUUUCAUUAGACAGAAUUGCAUGACUGUCAUUCUUACAAAAUUCCCGGCAGUGCACCUUAGUUCAACAAACUACAAGAGGAACUGGAGCUUUGAAAAUGAACUGGUUUUGAGAGUACAAUAGAGCACGAAGAGUGUGCUGUGUUCUCACGCAUCUGAGCGUGUUAACGUCAAACCAUUAACUUUACAAUCCAGCUCACUGCACACCGAGCUCAGCGGAAUGUCAUUUCAUUUUCCCCUUGACAUGUUCCUGUGAAACCACAAAAACCUCAACUCAGUAGUGUCACUUCAACUGGUGUAUAUAUUUUUGGGAUAUUUUAACAAAACCAUAUGAGGUUUUUUUUCCCAGAUAUGAGUAAUCUGUUAGAGGCAGCUAAACAUUCUGAUGUACUGUGGUAUAAAGUGCAGAUAUGUGCAAUACAAUGCUGUGCAACAUCAGGUUGAGGUAGUUGCGGUGAAAAAUAACUAUUUAUAAACAGUAAAUAUUUAUUAAUGUUUGGAUGUAUAAAUAGUCCUUAGUGGUGUCCUGGUUGAGGGCUGAAUAACCUGUGGGAAAAAGAUCCUCCUCAUUCAGGGAGCAGAAGCACUUCCCUGACCACAACAGAGAGAAGAGUCCAUUGUUCGAAAGGCUGAAGUCCGUCAGUAUCUUCCAGGUCUUGGCCAACACCGCUUGCUGUAGAUAGACUCCAGCUCAGGGAGCUCAGUGUAGAUGGUAUACUCAGCUGAUCGCACCACCCUCUGGAGAGCCGUCUAUCCUGCUUGGUGCUGUUCCCAAACCAGAUUGUGAUGCUCUCGAUGGUGCAGAUUUAAAAGUUCCUUAGCACCUUCGAGGGCAGUUUAAAGUCUCCCUGACAUGACCGUGUCAGGUCCUGCGUGAUGUGAAUGCCAAGGUGUCUCCACUGGGGUCCCGUUGAUCAUAAGGGGGAGGUAGCUCCUCUCCUGCAUCGUGCUUAAGUCCACUAUCAACUGGAGGAGGUUAUUCUCCUGGCACCAGUUCUCCAGACAGUUCUCCAAGUAGGCCUUCUCAUUGUUAUCAGAGAUCAGACCCAUCACAACAGAAUUGUCACCAAACUUAACGGUGGUGUUCACACACUCUCACACACUCCAGAACACCCAGAGCUCCCACUGACUGUGGACAUUUGUAAGCCUUUCCCAGAAACUUUUCGAUUUGUGUCAUAUUACUUGUUGUAAUGUUAAACACUUAAACUCAUUUCUACCUCUGUUUAUUGAUGAUCUUUUCAGGAAGAUGUUAUUAUAAAAGUUCCAUCUUUAUUGAAGAUAUAAUGUAAAAACAUUAUAAUUCUGUAUUUUUAUGCCUUAAAUGAAGAUUACAUCACAUCUUAGCGGGGAUUUAUACAGAAGUACACAUUUAUUUUCCAUUAAAACUAUAAAUGAAGGUAAAA